UUGAUUUGACAUUAGAUCUGUGUCACUGACGUUCUUUACUUUUUAAUAAUCACACGUCAGGCAGUUAUUUUUUAAAACAUGGCAAAUGUUAUAAAUUCUAUUUUUCUUCAAGUAAACGAGAACGUAACAGAAAAUGCAAGUAAUAAAACGACUAAAACACCAAGUACUCCAGAAGGAAUGGCUGUGGCUUAUGGAAGUUUAGUUAUUAUGGCUUUAUUACCCAUAUUUUUUGGUUCUUACCGUUCUGUUAUUUACCAUAAGGAAAAGAAACCCGAAAAAAUGACAAAAAAGGAUGCUGCUAUUUUUCCUAUAAUGGCAUCCUGCGCGCUUUUUGCAUUAUAUAUUGUUUUCAAGCUAUUUUCAAAGGAAUAUAUUAAUUUAUUAUUAACAGGGUAUUUCUUCUUCCUUGGAGUAUUAGCACUUACUCAUUUAUUAAGUCCUGUUAUAGGAAAACUUGUCCCUGCAGCUAUUCCAAAUAUUCCAUUCCAUGUAAUGUUUAAACAAGGGGAAGGUGAUGCAGCCCAAUUUCUUAUUGACUAUAGAUUCACCACUUAUGAUGUUGUUUCCCUUGCUGCCUGUUCUUUAGUAGGAGCUUGGUAUUUGUUGCAAAAACAUUGGGUAGCUAACAAUUUGUUUGGACUAGCAUUUGCAGUAAAUGCUGUUGAAUUAUUACACUUGAAUAAUGUAGUAACUGGAUGCAUUUUACUAUGUGGAUUAUUUUUUUAUGACAUAUUCUGGGUGUUUGGAACUGAUGUUAUGGUUACUGUGGCAAAGAGCUUUGAGGCACCUAUUAAGCUUGUAUUUCCCCAAGACCUUUUAACUAAUGGUUUAGCAGCAAACAAUUUUGCUAUGUUAGGAUUGGGAGACAUUGUAAUUCCUGGAAUAUUCAUUGCUCUUUUAUUAAGAUUUGAUCACAGUUUAAAAAGGAAGACAAAGACAUAUUUCCAUGCUACUGUGGUAGCAUAUUUUCUGGGACUAAUGGCAACCAUCUGUGUAAUGCAUGUCUUUAAGCAUGCUCAACCAGCACUUCUUUAUUUAGUUCCAGCUUGUCUGGGGACCCCUCUUUUAUUAGCUUUAGUCAAAGGAGAUCUCAAAACUAUGUUUAAAUAUGAAGAUUCUCAUGAAGAAAAAGAUGAAAAACAAAAAGAAAACAAGGAAACCAAACAGCAAGGCGCAGGGAAGAAAGAAAAAGUUAAAUAGUUGUAAAAUACAGCUUUAUUUCUAUGUACUGGAAUUCUAUGGUUAAAUAACUUAAUUUAAUUAAAUUAACUUCCAUUAUAAUGAUAACCUGUUUUCUUAGUCAAAUAAAAUUUCUUCUCUUAGUCGGCUGUGACAAAUAUCAAAUUAUUGAACUGUUCAAAAUAUUUUAUGGUCAGAUCAAGCUUUAUAUAAUGAUAUAUAACAACUCUUAUGGGAAAUUGCAUAAGAAUUUGUAAUUAUUAGUUUGAAGUUAAGAUCAUAAAACUUUUUGAUCAUGACACUGAUAAUAUCAAAUUAUAAUAUUGGUCACUUAUAAAUAUGAUUUGAUUAUUAUUUAUAUGAAUGUUUAUAUGUUGUAAAAGUUACUUUGAGAAGGUCAAAUUUAUUAGUUUAUAUUCAAAAAUAAUUAUAUAUAGCUGUAUUUUAAAAAGAAACUCUAUAUAUUUAAAAUGCUAACUAUGGAAUAAAAAAACGUUAGAAUUCCAUGAUAGUUACAUUCUAAAGUACUGAAAUUAUUUACUUAAUUCUUCCAAAUUGUGAAAAAUAAGAAAUUAUGUGUUGAACUUUUUUUAUUGUUAAGAGAAAUUUUCCAUUUAUAUAAUUAUUUAUAUGCAAUUUGUUUUUUAUUUUUAUUAAAAUUUUCUUUAAAUAAAA